AACUUUGGGAAAAAACUGAGUAACUGGCCAUGAGAAAUUGUUCCAAAAAAUAGAUUUGAAGUCAUAUUGUAACAAGCUUUGUACUGAAAUGUGUUUGCUUCUUUGGUUUCUCUUGAUUAUUUCGACAUUAGGCCAAGCAAGCUAUGAUCACUACCGUCUGCCUCAAGCUUUGCAGCCGAAGCAUUACAAUUUGCGUAUUUUAACGCACUUAGAAAGUGUAGAUCGCCCAUGUUUUUCCGGUGAAGUGGAAAUCGAGUUACGUGUGUUGCAGCCCACAAAUAAUAUAACUUUGCAUGCUGGCUCGCGCCUUCAACUGAACUCAAGUCGAACGCAUAUGUAUUACUUGGAUGAGGAUGGCAAUAAGUCGAAGAUAGGUGUAAAAACUGUGGAACGCAACUCGAAAUAUGAUUAUUAUAUACUGAGGCUGUGCAAGGUACUGGAACGGAGACACGUUUAUGUGCUGCACAUGCAGUUCUCUGCCGAUUUUGGGGCUGGUAUGUCUGGCUAUUAUGCCAGCUCAUACAAGGAUCAGAACAGCAAUAGAACAAGAUAUUUAUCUGUGACACAGUUUGAACCCGCUUAUGCUCGUGCCGCAUUUCCCUGCUUCGAUGAGCCGGCAUUCAAGGCUACAUUUAAUAUUACUCUAGGACAUCCCAGGAAAUACGUUGCUCUGAGUAAUAUGCCCAUCACGAAGAAGUUUCCCAUGUCUGGGCGCAGGAACUGGCUGUGGACGAUAUUUGAGCAAACGUUGCCCUUGUCCUCGUAUUUGGUUUGCUAUAGCGUCAACGAUUUUGCGAGGAUAACGUCUCGAAAUGGCUUAAGUGUUGCGAAGUUUACCACCUGGGCCCGAGCUUCGGCCAUUGGGCAGUGCAAAUAUGCUGCGGAGAUCGCUCCACGGCUAUUGGCCUAUUACGAACGAAUGUUCGACAUAGACUAUCCUCUGCCCAAGGUAGACCAGCUUGCAGUGCCCGACUUUAGCGCUGGAGCAAUGGAAAAUUGGGGUCUCAUCACGUACCGCGAGGCGGCGCUGUUCUAUGCGCCAGAAGCCUCCUCUGAGGUGGACAAGCAGCGUGUGGCGAACAUCGUUGCCCAUGAGCUAGCCCAUCAAUGGUUCGGGAAUCUGGUCACAAUGAAGUGGUGGAAUGAUCUCUGGCUCAAUGAGGGCUUCGCCACCUAUGUAGCCACUUUGGGAAUGCAAAAGCUGUGCAGCAAGUGGCACGCUUAUGCAGAGGAGUCGCUGGAUAACAUUUUGGUCGUACUUAACUCCGAUGCGUACCAUAGCACACGUGCCAUUUCCCAGUCGGUGAGCCGUGCUAGUCAGUUUGCCGAGCAGUUUGAUCCCAUUACCUAUCGCAAGGGUGCGGUCAUCAUUCGUAUGAUGCACAUGUUUAUCGGCGACACAACCUUCCGCCAUGGACUUAACUGCUAUCUGAAGCGGCACGCUUUCAGCAACGCAGAUCAAAAUGAUCUUUGGCGUUCCCUUUCGGAUGCUGCACAUGAAAUUGGCAGUUUGCCCGAGCAACUGGAAGUGCGAACGAUCAUGGACACUUGGACGCUGCAAGCUGGCUACCCACUGAUCACAGUACAACGCGACUAUGCAAGAAACACAAUCUCAAUCAAUCAGAGAAGGUUUCUCCUACAAGGCAUGGACAGGGACAAUUUCCCUUCUAAGGAGUGUUGGUUUGUCCCAAUAAGCUAUACUUUUGGGAGCAUGACCAAUUUUACAGCCACAGAACCACAAGUUUGGUUGCAAUGCGACAGCAAAGGUAAAAGCAUUCCUCACGAGAUUCGAUCGCCACUCCGUGCUGAAGAGAAUCAAUGGCUUAUCCUUAACCUUCAACUAACUGCACCUUUCCGGGUCAGCUAUGACACCAGCAACUGGAAACUCAUAAUUAAAACCUUACAGGGUGAAGAUUUCCGGUGUAUUCAUACCAUGAACCGUGCCCAGCUCAUUAUUGAUGCUCUGGCUUUGUCCUGGAAUGGUCACUUAUGCUACAAACUUUCCUUAGAUCUGCUCAAAUAUAUCAAGCAGGAGCAUGCCUAUAUGCCGUGGCACGCGGCCUUGGAUCACUUGUCGGCCAUCUACCGGAUCAUUAAACAAACCUCAGACUUUGCGCUGUUUCAGCCACAGCGAUUUAUGAAUGAUUUGUUGGGACCGAUUUACGUUUAUCUUGGUGGAAUGGAAACAGAGUCAAGUUCUCGUCAUAUUGCUCACAAGACAUUGAUCAAUCAAUGGGCAUGUCGAUUGGCUCUUUCAGACUGCGUUCAACGUGCUGUGCAGUAUUACCAUCGCUGGCUUAUUUCAAGCGAUCCAGAUCUGGUAAAUCCCGUGCCUCGAAACCUUCGAAUGGUGGUCUAUUGCGCAGCACUACGCCAAGGCGAUGAGGAUGACUGGAACUUUUUAUGGCAACGAUAUGGGAACGCCACGGUGGCCAGUGAGCGACGAUUGAUACUUCAGGCACUUGGAUGCACCCAGAUAGUGUGUGUAGCUCGGCGAUAUCUUCAUAUGAUUUUCGAUGGGAAUUCGUCGAUACGCAAACAGGACAUUUCUUUAGCAUUCGGAGCCAUUGUACGUAGUGACAUUGGAUUCACCUUGGCCAAAGAUUAUUUCAUUAAUAAUUUUUCUUUGCUGACGAAAUCUUUCGAAUCGAACUACCGCGACCUAGCUGCGUUGCUCCUGCAGAUAACUCAGCACAUAAGUAGUCCUCAGGACUACAGGGCAUUAAAAACGUUCAUCGACAGCCACAAAAAAUUCAAGAUGCUAAACACACGCAGUGUACGGCGAGCUUUUGACGUCGCCCAGGUAAACCUCCACUGGCGACAGAGACAACUGCCAGAGCUCACACGGGUUCUUAAGGCCCGCUCUAUUUAUUAUAAGUAAA